ACAUUAUUUAGAAUUAUUUUUUUUUAAUUUAAAAAAUAAUAUUUACAAUUAUUUGACACACAAAAACAUACUAAUAAUUUUUAUAAAUAAUUUAUUUAUUUACUUUUAUUUAAUUAAAAUAUUAAUGUAAAUUUUUUACAUAACAAACAAAUUAUUAAUUAAUGAAUUUUAUAUUUAUUUAAUUUUACUAUUUUAACCUUGAAUUAUUGCUUUAUAUUUUUAUAUAAAAAACAAUUAAAAAAAAUAUAAAAUAUAAGUCACUGGCGCAUUGAUCUUUUUUUUUUUUUAUCAGAUAGUUGUAGACUUGUAGUGGUCAAUAGUUUACGUGUGUUUAUGUGUUACAACCAGUUACAACUUACAACUUGGUACAUAUUUACAAGUGUACAAAAUAAAUGUCAAUGUAAAAGUCCUUGAUGAUAAAAAAAUUGUUAUCAAAAUAAUCAUUUUAUAUUUCGCUGUUGCCUUGAAUAAUCAUCAACAAUAGAAGCUAGCAAGUUGAUUUUAAAUUUCGAAAUUUUUUAUUUACUUUUGUUAAUUUAUAAAGCAUCAAUCAAAAGUAAUUGAGAAAAAAAAAUUGAGGUCCAUUUAGAAAGCUAAAUAACAGUAUUAAAAAUGUCAAGCAAACGACUCAUGACGACUUGUACAAAUGUCUCGGCUCAGGCUCAUCAUGUAUCACGUGCAAAUCGUGGACAAAUUGGUAAAAUACGUGGUUUUCGUGGUUGUACUGUAUGGCUAACUGGUUUAUCUGGUGCUGGAAAAACAUCAAUUGCAUUUCAAGUUGAAGCUAUUCUUGUUGAACGUGGUAUUGCUGCAUAUGGUCUUGAUGGUGAUAAUGUACGUACUGGAUUAAAUUGUAAUUUAGGUUUUUGUCCAGAUGAUAGAAAAGAAAAUAUACGUCGUGUUGCUGAAGUUGCAAAAUUAUUUGCUGAUAGUGGACAAAUAUGUAUAUGUAGUUUUGUAUCACCAUUUGAGGAUGAUCGUCAAAUGGCUAAAAAAAUUCAUAAAGAUUUUGAUUUACCAUUUUUUGAGGUAUUUGUUGAUACACCAUUAAAUAUAUGUGAAGCUAGAGAUACAAAAGGUUUAUAUAAAAAAGCUAGAGAAGGUACAAUAAAAGGAUUCACUGGUAUUGAUCAAAUGUAUGAACGUCCAAUUAAUCCAGAUUUAAUUGUAACAACUGAAAAUUUAACUCUCAAACAAUCAGCAUCAAUGGUUAUUAAUUUACUUGAAAGUCAUCAUAUAAUACCAGCUUCUAAAAAAAUUGAUAAUACAAUUAAAGAAUUAUUUGUACCAGUGACAAGAAUAAAAGAUGCUAAAGAUGAAGCUGAUACUCUAAAAUAUAUUGAAAUAAAUGAAAUUGAUGUACAAUGGUUACAAGUAUUAGCUGAAGGUUGGGCAGCACCAUUAACUGGUUUUAUGAGAGAAGAACAAUACAUUCAAUGUCAACAUUUUCGUUGUUUUAUUAAUGAUGGUGAUGAUGUUAAUGAAAUUAAUCAAUCAAUACCAAUUGUUUUAGCUAUUAAUGAUAAUGAUAAAGUUAAUAUUCAAGGACAAUCAGCAGUAACAUUAAAAUACAAUGGUAAAUCAUUGGCAAUAUUGAGAAAACCAGAAUUUUAUAAUCACAGAAAAGAAGAAAGAUGUUCAAGACAAUUUGGUACUUGUGAUAAAAGACAUCCAUAUGUUAAAUUAAUAUAUGAAUCUGGUGAUUGGUUAAUGGGUGGUGAUGUUGAAGUUUUAGAUAAAAUUAAAUGGAAUGAUGGACUUGAUGAUUACAGAUUAACACCAAAUGAAAUUAGAAAAAAAUGUAAAGAUAUGAAUGCUGAUGCUGUGUUUGCAUUUCAACUUAGAAAUCCAAUUCACAAUGGUCAUGCUUUACUUAUGCAGGAUACAAGACAAAAAUUAUUAACUGAAAGAGGAUUUAAAAAUCCAGUUUUAUUACUUCAUCCACUUGGUGGUUGGACAAAAGAUGAUGAUGUACCAUUGGAUUAUAGAAUAAAACAACAUAAAGCUGUUUUAGAUGAAGGUAUUUUAGAUAAAAAUUCAACAUUAUUAGCAAUAUUUCCAAGUCCAAUGAUGUAUGCUGGACCAGUUGAAGUACAAUGGCAUGCUAAAGCAAGAUUAAAUGCUGGUGCUAAUUUUUAUAUUGUUGGAAGAGAUCCAGCUGGUAUACCACAUCCAAAUAUUAAUUCAACACCUGAUGGUAAUCUUUAUGAUCCAACACAUGGUGCACGUGUAUUAUCAAUUGCUCGUGGUCUUCAAAAUUUAGAAAUAAUACCAUUUAAAGUUGCUGCUUAUGAUAUGAAAAAUAAAAAAAUGGCAUUUUAUGAUCAAAAAAGAAAACAAGAUUUUGAUUUUAUAUCUGGAACAAGAAUGAGAAAUUUAGCAAGAGCUGGUGAAUUACCACCAGAUGGUUUUAUGGCACCAAAAGCAUGGAAUAUUCUUGUUGAUUAUUAUAAAAAUAAAGAUAAAAAUUAACAAUUAAUUUAAUAUUUAUUUU